AAAAAGACCUCGCUGACGUGAGCGGAAGAGGUUUUGCACGCUUCCGCAUAUUUGCAGAUCCGGUGCCAGGUGAUAUUUUAUAGGAGUUUAAUCGGUGUUUGUGUGUCCGUGUGGCCGAGCACAGGGACAGGAUGGACGACGACUUGCUGCUGCUGCAUUUCGCCAAUUUUAGCACGUUAUUCGUGUGCAUGGUGCUGAAACUUCCCCAGAUUGUGGUGCUGAUGAGGGCGAAGACGACCACCGGAGUGAGUCUGAACAGCCUGCUGCUCGAGCUUACCGGGUUUAUAGUGUUCGUCUCCUAUCAGAUGUACUACGAUUAUCCUCCUCCUACGUACCUGGAGUAUCCCAUCCUCAUCGCGCAAGAUGUGAUCCUGCUGAUUCUCAUCCUGCACUAUAAUAGAAACAUGAAGCACAUUCUCAUCUAUGCAGCUGUGUUUGUAGGCGGAUGGAAACUGCUCACCGUGGAGAAAUGGAUCAUCGACAUGGCCAUGAGUGUGUGUACGCUUAUCAGUGCAGGCAGUAAACUCCUGCAGCUUCAGUGUCUGUGGAGAUCCAAAGACUCGGCGCAGGUCAGCACUUUAACCUGGGCGUUAGCGUCGUACACGUGUAUGGCGAGGAUCUUCACUACGAUGGUGACUACCGGAGACCCGCAGGUUCUGAUCCGCUUCGUGGCCAUGACCGUUCUGAACAUGUGGGUGACGGCCACGGUGAUCUACUACAAACCCAGCGCCAAGAAACGUGACUGAGAGCCUGAGUGAUUCCGACAUCACUUCCUGUCACACAGGAACAUCGUUCGCUUGGGUUUGAAGUUAGAACGUGUGAGUGAGUGUGAGCGAGUGAUUUGAAAUAUAUGCAGCGUACCAAGGACCAGCACUCUUAACUGAACCACGCACACGGUGGAGCUGAUUGGUUAGUUCCGUGCCUGUUAAUAGUUUCUUUUUUUUUUAAAAAUGCUAUAUGGAUAAUAUUUUAUAGUUACUGAUCACCUUUAACUCUUCUUGACUCAGGGUUCCGGUAUAUUCUCUCUUUUCACUUUAGUAUUGCCUUACAGCAGUGUUUGGACGAAUGACACCCAGUAACACAUCAUUAUGAGCGGAUUAACGCUUCUCUAGCAGUGGCGUUUAAAGACGUGUAAUAAAUACCUAGGAAAUAUGAGUAUUAAUGAUCUCUAAUGUGUCACCACACACUUCUGAAACAUUCCCAUUAAACCUUUGGGACCUUUCCUCAAAAUUUUUUUAGGAAUUUCUUUCAUUUUUAACACUUCUGUUAAUGUUUACUAGCCUUGUAUUGGAAGCGGAAGGAGUAGAGUUGACGUUUUUUAAAAGUAUCUGGAUCAAAUUUCUAUAAAUACAAAGUGUUUACAUUUACAGUGGAAGGAUGUGCACAAUACAGUUAUUAAUUUAAAAAAAAUCUUUCAUAUCCAAGUGUUAUGUAUGUACUGUAUUGAAAUGAGCUUUGUUUUCCAGACAGGGUCUUUAUAAAUAAACAAAUUAUUA